GCGGAAACGAUUUCCUCUAUCGCACCCUCGUCGAGCGAGCGAGCUUUUAUUCUAUUUUCAUUUUCUAAACCGAAAGCAAUUCCGUCUGGCUAUAUUUCAAUUUUGUUCGAAGAACAAAUCGUCUACCAUCUUGCAUUUCGACGCUCCUACCCUUCUCUGUUCGGUUUCGCAGGCUCAGUUUUCUUUUGCAAUCACGAUAAGUAUAGGAGUUCUCGUAAUUUGAGUCCAAGUAAGCCUCGUCGUCCACAAAUAAAUUCUCGUCCUUCAAGAUGAUCCCGUUUUGCUGGCAAAUGAACUGCAUGGAGGGCUGCAGCGCCACCUCCACGGCCGCGCCUCCGUGCUCUCGGUUCCGCGUCCCCGCCGCAUUCCCAAAGAAAACCGAGGAGAGCCGGCUACCCCCCAGCAGCACUCCAACGGUCCGGGGGAGCACGGAAAAAAAAUCCUCCUUUACUGAACAUCGGGCAUCUUUGCGGAAAAUGAAAAGAACUUUUGCCGGGGUGCAGGAGCACAAGAAAAGGAUGCUGCAAAUGAAAAGCAAAACCAGAACCAUCAUCUGCCGGCGAAGACUACGCAGGAGCUGCUGCAACCACGCCUGGGGCAAAACGUCACGGUCUACAGCAUGGUCUCGCACGACCAUACGCUUUCCUUCGACGUUUCACUUGAUUCCGGCGAAGAUGCGGGUCGGUCAGCAACAGAAACAGAAUCUGCAUCUGGAAUACAACGCUGUACUUCUUCCGAAAAUACUGCCUGCUCCUGCAUGAAGGCCAGUACAACUUCUAGCACAUCUAUUUCAACAACAGCAAACUCCUGUGCCAGCAUCACUCUGCAGCAGCUUAAACGUUCGAUCGCGAAACAAAUCGCGUUCGAGAAGAACCGGAAGCGACCGCGAGCUUGGCAGCUCGUGGACGUGUUUGUCGACGAGAAAUCGGAGUUGGGUCAGAGAGCGCUAAAGCAGAACGCGGGCGGGGACUCCGGUUUGGGGUGGUUGCAGCUAGUGGACCCGGAGCUGAGCAUUGACAGUGCGAUGCUGGCACAGAGCGGGUUCGCAGGACGGGGCGGAGAUGGAGGUGGCGCCGAAGGUGCUACCAGCGACUGUAGUAGUAGUGAAGAAGAAGAAGAACAUCAAAAGGAAGAUUUGUUUGAACAGACAAGAACUGCAACUGGAUUUAGUCGACGCCUCCACGACAGUGUUGAUUUGGAGACCGACAGCAAUUUUUCCGCCGACAACUAUAGCGACUACACGUACGAAUCUGAUGAUGAAGGAGGUCCUGUUCUGCCUCAUUCUACCGACCGUGGGCUUUCGAAUAAUAAAUCUUCCCCAGCAAGUGGAGCUGCACUUCGACGGCACAAGAACUACGAUGUUGAGCGUGGAGAUCCUGCACGUGUAGUUUCUCCUCCCGACUACGCCAUCAAGUACAGCGAGCGGUUCUACGAGCCUUUCCAAACGCGAAAGGAUUUGAACGAGGCGGUGGAGGCGCUGUACCGCGUGACCCGGCCGGACUACGGCUACCACCUGCACCGCAAGACCAACCGGAUCGACGCGAGUUUGCGCGGCUUGACGCAGGAGGAGUGGCAGGAAAGGCUGGCGCUGCUGGAGGAGAGGCACGGGCCCUACUGUGCCUGGGACGUGUCGGAAGUGGGCGAUUUGUCGCGGCUCUUCCAGGGCUUUCAGGGUUUCCACGCGGAUGUGAGUGGGUGGUGCACGACAAACGUGACCAGUCUCAACAGCUGUUUUCUAUCGAGCAGGAAUUGGAAUUGUGGGUCAGAUUGGGGUCGUGAUCCUAGGUAGUAAGCCCUGUGUAUGUAAAGAGAUGAAGGUCGUGAGCUGCAUGGUAUGCUUGUGCACGUACCACCGGGAGGACUCCUCUGUGACUGUGCUCCUGCGUUUUUACGUUAUCGAUGCUACGGAGGGUGAGUCCAUUCUGCCCCUGUUGGUCUCCUGCAAGAACAGAAUAAAAGCAUAUCUUCACAAGGCCGAAGAGAACUACUGUAGACAGAUACAACUUGCUUUCCUAUUUCUGAUUCACGAUUUUACUGCGAUCUUUUAGCUGGUGCAGACUGUUCAACUGCGACAUUUCGGAUUGGGACGUGAGCUCCGUGACAGACAUGUCGAACACCUUCGGAUGGUAUUGAUUACGCUGCGAUGUCGUACCUUUUUGUUUUUUGUGCAUUGAUAUUGAAGAACAGGAAAGGAAAUGUUUAAUUUCUGUUCCUACAGGACGACGAGUCUUUCGAUCCCUCCUUACAGAACAAGAUGCUGACGAGCAAAAUCAAACCACAGGUGCUUCAAGUUCAACCAGAAUCUUGAUGGGUGGGAUGUCAGCUCCGUGCUCACGAUGGACGGCAUGUUCUCCCAGUGCGAAGCGUACAACCAGCCGAUGCUCUCUUGGGAUGUUUCCAAAGUCGAGGACAUGUCGGACUUGUUUUGCGGCUGCACGCGCUUCAACCAGGAUCUGAGCACGUGGGACACGGCACGAGUCAAGAACAUGAGCUGCAUGCUGCUGCGGUGUCCGGCCUUCAAGUACGACGAGCCCGUCACGUGUGGUUACAAUUCGUCCGAGGACGAGGAGGAGGAUUCUUAUUAGAUAGAAACAACUGGAGCUGCUCCUACAACACAGCUACUUCAGAUGCCGGUGUGUUGCUGCUGCACGCAUCAUGACAUUCCGAAGUACUAUGGGCUUUUUGAUGACAUCAAAAUUUUUUUUGACCACGACAUAGAAAUAAGACGGACCUUCGCGAAGAUCUCUUUGGGACCCGGGGAAGCGGGAACGAAAUAUUUGUGCACGUAAGUAGUUCUCAUCCGUUGAACGCGAAAUAAUAGUGAAACUAAAUAACAUUUCUUCGACGACUGACUCGGGAAUGAAUACAAAUGUUGUACCUGUAGUAAAGUGGAUUUUUUCGGUGGCGGUGGAAGAUGAAUGGUUCUUGACGAUGUCGAUUUCAUCUUGCGCGUAAUUUGCCGCGCCUCCUGUGUAGUGUCGUCGCACCAGCUACAGG